GUGUUCAGGCGCUUUGUGGAGGUUGGCCGGGUGGCCUACGUCUCCUUCGGCCCUCAUGCCGGAAAGCUGGUUGCAAUCGUCGAUGUUAUUGAUCAGAACCGGGCUUUGGUUGAUGGACCUUGCACUCGGGUGAGAAGACAGGCCAUGCCUUUCAAAUGCAUGCAGCUCACUGACUUCAUCAUCAAGUUCCCACAUAGUGCACGCCAGAAGUAUGUGCGCAGAGCCUGGCAGAAGGCAGAUAUCAACACAAAGUGGGCGGCCACGAGGUGGGCCAAGAAGAUUGAAGCCAGAGAAAGGAAAGCCAAGAUGACAGAUUUUGAUCGUUUUAAAGUCAUGAAGGCAAAGAAAAUGAGGAACAGAAUAAUCAAGAAUGAAGUGAAGAAGCUUCAAAAGGCAGCUCUCCUGAAAGCUUCUCCCAAAAAAGCACUUGCUGCCAAGGGUGCAGGUGCCGCUGCAGCUGCUGCUGCUGCUGCCGCCAAAGUGCCAGCGAAGAAGGCAACAGCCGCAGGCAAGAAGGCCCCAGCCCAGAAGGCUCCUGCUCAGAAAGCUGCAGGCCAGAAGGCCGCGCCACCUCCCAAAGCGCAGAAGGGUCAGAAAGCUGCAGCCCAGAAAGCACCUGCGCCGAAAGCAUCGGGCAAGAAAGCAUAAGAGGCUGUGAUCAAAAUAAUAAACGUUCUUUUUGACAUAGCAAAUCUGUUCUAAGUCUGGA